AUCUCGUAUUACGAUAGAGCGACACGGUAUUAUUAUCAUUCCACGCCGGUAUUAUGACAAAGUUAGAUUGAAAUUAUUAUAUAUAUUGAUGAUUGAAAAAAAUGGAUUAUAAGUUAAUUCUCGGAGUAUUUGGGAAUCUUUCCUUUUGACUGGGAAUACAAUACUGAAUGGAAUUUGUUUCUGUGGAACGCUAUGUUAUUGUCGUGGUCUCUAAACAUAGAUGCUGAGAAGCCGCUCGUCGUACUGUUACAUGCAGGGGAUUAAAUGAGUGUACUCUUUGUACAGAAUAAAAAUAAAAUAAUUGGAUACUCUUGGUGGUCUAGUUUCCCUACUUUCCCGAUGCCCGCGCCGGACUCGGAGUGUGUGCUUUUUUCCCAUUCUACAAGCAAAUGGUCCGGUCAUAUCGGCUGAUGUCCAAACCGCAACACCUUCUAACUCUUGUUGUUCUCUGGUCAGUGUUCAACUCUGUCUGUGUCUACUCUCAGGUUUCUGAUCAAAAGUUCGCAAUCCAGUUAUAUGAGAGAAACUUACCAUGGCUAACUUGUCCUGAAGGGUGGAGUAAAAUCGGAAGCACGUGUGUCCUGGUUUUGGCAGAAUUAGCAACAUUUACUCAAGCAGAAUCAUUAUGUCAAAGUUAUGGAGGCUGGUUGCUGAAAAUAAAAGGAUUUAAUCAAAAUCAGCAACUUGGAAAUUUCAUAGAAAAUGUGCAAUUUCAGCAGAGUGACACGUUUGUAUCCCUUGAAGGAUGGGAUAACGGCUCAUUCUGGAUUGGUUUGUUCAGAGAUGAAAAUGGUCAGUAUCAAUGGAAUGAUGGACAGGUGACAAAUAUAGAACAGGGUUUCUGGACCCUGAAUCAACCACUGGGCUUUCAAAAUGGUCACAAGCAGUGUUCUUCUAUAAAUGUACAUAGUGUAAGUGACUUUGGUAAAUAUCGCUGGUCAUUGGGACCAUGUGAAAUGAAAUUGCCAUUUGUGUGCCAAACAGUACCAUGUGCUAGGCAGCAAUACCGCUGCCAAGAUGGAAGCAAAUGCAUCAGCUCUGAUUGGUUGUGUGAUGGAGUUGCCGAUUGUCUUGACCAAUCAGAUGAAAAAAAUUGUUCAGGUUAUUGUGGCAAUACAUAUCAGGGAAACACUGGAACAUUCCAAUCACCCUAUUCCCCUCAUCCUUACCCACCCUUCUCAUCAUGUCAAUGGGAUAUUCAUACUCCGCUCGGGACAAGAAUUUAUAUACAAUUUGAAGCUUUUGACUUAGAACAUGGCUAUGAUGUUAUCAGCAUUUAUGACGGCCGCUCCACGUUAGAUCCGCUGGUCGGAAACUACAGUGGAAGCAGCAUUCCCAUAAUUCCCCUCUCCUCCUCCAACAGCCUCGUAGUCAAGUUUCACUCGGACCAGGACAAUCAGACCACUGGCUUCAAUGCCACCUGGUUUGCAGUUGCAAUUGAGGGCUGUGGUGGCACAUUGAAUGCUACAUCCCAGUCCGAGUGGGUUACUUCCCCUGGUUAUAAGAAAUCUCAGUAUGUCAACAACCUUAUCUGUGAGUGGACGCUCACUGCUCAACAAAAUCUGAUCUCACUGCAGUUUGAGGAUCUUUCCCUGGGGUCAGGGGAUUGGGUUGAGGUUAGAGAUGGGAAUACUGAAAACUCGGCUCUGUUUGGGAGGUACACCGGUGAAACUUUACCCCCCAUUAUCAUCUCCACCAGUCACAGUCUCUUUAUCCGGCUCCAGGCAGACAGGGAGGAAGUCGGGAGAGGAUUCAACAUUUCAUAUAAAGCAGGGUGCAAUAAUAUAAUAAACAAGGAAGCUGCCAUUAUUUCAUCUCCUGGCUACAAACUGGGAGCCUCAUAUCCACCUAGUCUUCAGUGUUCAUGGCUUAUCACCAACCCACGUAACACAGAACUCACCAUCGUAUUUGACGACAACUUCGACACCGAAGUGGACUUUGAUGUUUUAACACUAAUAAAUGGAUCCUCUCUGGAGGAACCUAGUGCUGUGAUAAGCAGAUAUUCUGGGACCAAAGGACCUUCUGUCACACGUUCACGUCAAGGUCAUUUCAACAUUUCUUUUACUUCAGAUGACCUUGUAUCAAGGCCAGGCUGGGGAGCAACCAUAUCAUACGACUGUCCUAAAUUGGAGAACUUAUCUAACCACUUGAAUGUAAGUAGUCUGAGAGUGGAGUAUGGUACUGCUGUGAAAUUUACCUGUGAUACUGGCUACCUGUUGGAAGGGGCCACAACUCUGAUCUGUGAUAUAAAUGGAACUUGGUCAGACUCACUGCCAACCUGUAGAGAAAUAAACUGUGGAUCACCAACUGUCCCAGACCAUGGUGUAAUAGUUUGGUCUAAUACCUCUUAUUACACUGGACUGGUUCGCUAUCAGUGUGAUGUGGGGUAUCAUUCGCGUGAUGCACUUUUUGCAAUGUGUCAGGGGAAUGGGCAGUGGAGUUCAGUUCCAAAGUGUGAAAAAAUUAGAUGUCCAAAGUUAGACAGCCUGCAGAAUGGAUCAAUUAUCAAUGACUUUGAUCCCUCUUAUGGCCAGAAAGUUUACUUCAAAUGUAAAGAGAACUUCCGUCUUAUUAAUGCUUCAGAAAUUGUUUGUAAAGGGGAUGGGCAGUGGUCCUCACUAAUGCCACAGUGUGCAGCUCCCCUUUGUCCUUACCUCCCAAUCAGUAAUGGCCACACCAGUGUUGUACAGCCAGUGGGAGGUACCUCUGUCCAGGUGACCUGUAACCCUGGGUAUCAACUCCAAGGUCCUCAGAAUGUUAGGUGUUACUUGGACGGAACUUACCAGUCCAAUCUACCCUCUUGUAUAGAUGUAAAUGAGUGUGAGGAUAGAGACCUAUGUCAGCCACACAUGUGUCACAAUGUGAUGGGGAGUUAUCAGUGUAGAUGCUCACAUGGUUAUCAGAAACUAAAUGAGACCUCCAACGAUUGUCAUGAUAUCAAUGAGUGUGAAAGUGAUGUCUGUGAUCACCGGUGUAAUAAUACAGAGGGGAGCUAUAUCUGUGAAUGUCAACCUGGCUAUAAACUCUACAAUGGAAAUGAUGUCAUUGUCUUGAACCAAAGAGUGCUUAUUCCCAACAAAACUUGUAUAGUGACAUGCCCAGCCUUCAAUGUGUCAAAUGGAGGGAGAGGUUUUGCCAACACUACCAAGCUGCCUGACGAUACUUAUAUCUACCCCACCUCAAUCUUUAUCUACUGUCCCUUUGGAACACUUCCCUCAUGGAACACCACCACAAUCUACUGCCAGGCUAAUGGAACAUGGUCUCAUAAUAUCGAUCGCUGUAUAGAUCAAGUGUGUGAAGGUCUUCCAACAUUAGAGAAUGGCUAUGUUUUCUAUGACCGUGAUAUGUUAAGGCUUGGCACGGUGGCUACCUAUAACUGUUCGGAGGGCUACACUUUAUAUGGGACACCACAGAGACAGUGUGUGUCUGAUAAUAAUAGAACAGCCCUAUGGAGCCCAAGUGGUGACAACAUAACAGUCUGUCUACCAAAGACAUGUAUAAAACCAGUAGAACCAGCCCAUGGAUUUGUGAAUUACACUGGUCUUUCUUAUGGGUCAGUCGCUACCUAUAGCUGCCAGUGUGGGUACACUCUGAUUGGGUCAAGGGUCAGACACUGUCAAGGAAAUGGAGUCUGGAGUGGUAACAGCACCAUAUGUGUGGAGAUGGAAUGUUCUACACCCACUGCACCCGUCAACGGUGGUGUAUAUAGUUCAACCAGAAUGUCUUACUUUGGCAGCAGAAUUUCAUAUACCUGUCAGAAAGGUUACUCUCUCAUAGGGUCUACUCAUUCCACUUGUGCCUUACCAGAGGAAACCAGUAUUCCUGACCUCUUGCUGUUGUUAAAGGUCAAGUUCAAGGGAGACAACAACAUCAACACUCAAUGUGCCCGUAGAUAUGGUGUAGUGUUGGCAGCUAAAUAUAAUGCAAGCAUUCAUAAUCUGCCUGCCUGUUCCUCUGUACACAUGAAUGUGUUAGACUCAAGCACAGGAAAUUUUUCUGGCUCUGAGAUCAUUCUGGGGACAUCGAUAACAAUGAGUGGCUCUGCCUCUGUGGUGUGCAGUUGUUCAUCAGACAUCAUACAGAACACACCAGCAAGUAUAAACUGGAAAAUAACUGAAACAGGUUGUCCAACACUUGCUAAUAAAGACCGGGCAACACCAGAGAAAAAGUUCCUGGAGAAGAUUCAGCAUUGGAAAUGUCCAGCAGACUUCACUCUGCAAGGUGGAACAGAUGGCUGCCUAGUGGACUCCUUUGUUCCAACAUGCCGGAAAGUUACUGAAUGUUUAGAUACAGAGGAGCCUGUUGAAAUAACUUCUACCAUUUCUACACUUCUUACAUCUCAAUCUACUGCAACCAUGUUAUCAACUACCACAGAGGAGGAACAAAGGACUGGAAGUACUCUUCCUACUGAAGAACCAGCAGAUGUGGUUACAACUGUAACAUUUACACAAGAUUACACUUUGUCAUCAAAUAGUGCACCUACAGAACAGAUAACUACUAAAACCACAGUUACAAAUGCACCUAUGGAACAGAUAACAACUAAAACCACAACUACAAAUGAACAAAAUACUUCAACUAAUGCAAUAAGCAGCACAUUGUUCUUUAACACAACUGACACAACUUCACUUUCAUAUUCUGACUCUGUUUCAAAUAUAUCUACAAAAGCCCCACACACAGUACAAACAAUUGUAGCAAGUACAGCAGAAAAUCCUAAACCCACCACAACAAAAUCAACAACAACCACAGAAGUUACUACAACAUCAAAAGAAGUUCCUAUAAUGACCACAGUUUCAAGAGAAUUCCCAGCAUCAACUGCAACAAUGUUACCUUCACAAACAGUUUCAACAACCACCUCUGCAGAGGCACCGUCUACCACUACAACGGAAACUACUACAACAGUGACAAAAACGGAAGCUGCUACAACAUCAAAAGAGCCUUCUACAACAACCACAACAACACUGGAUCAUAAAACAACAAUGUUAACAGGUACAACAGCAAGUAAAUCAACAGAGACUCCUUCAACCACUGAGACAACAGAAUCUUCUACAAUAAAAAUAACACAGGCUUUUAUAACAACCACAACAAAAGCUCCGACGACAACCACAAUAAUCCCUGGUACAUUUAGCACAAAAGAGGUUUCUAUGACCACAGAAAUAACAGGGGCAUUUACAACAAGCAAAACAACAGAGGCACAAACUUCAAGUGAAAUAAACAAAGUUCCAACAGCAAUCACAACAACUACUUCAACAGCAAUCACAACAACUACUUCAACAGCUCAAACAUCUGAGGCAUUAACAACAGGAACAGAAGCUAUUUCAACAACCACAACAACAGAGAUUCCUACAAUUACCACAGUAACAGGAUCUACAACAACCAUUACAACAAAGUUGCCUUCAAUAACAGAAGUUACAUCAACAAUCAAAGCAACUGAGGGUCCUUCCACCACUGCCAAAAUAGAGAUUUUUACUACUUCUCCUAAAUCAGAAGCUCCUACUACAGCCAAAACAACAAAGCCUCCUACAACAAUAGAGACACUUUCCACAACUCAAACAACAGAGUCUCCUACGACAACAGAGGAUCUUUCAACAGCUAGAACAUCUGAGAUACCUACAGCAGGAACAGAGGCUUCUAUAACAAGCACAAUAACAGCAACUCCUACAACAACUAACAACUCUGAAACAUUAACUCCUACAACAAUGACAACAACAGAGGCUCAAAGAACAAUCUCAACAAUAGAGGCUCUAACUACAACCAAAGCAAAAGAGGCCCCAACAACAACUACAACAACAGAGGCUCCAACAACAACCUCAACUACAGAGGCUCCAACAACCACAACAACAGAGGUUCCUUCUACAACCACCACAACAGAGGCUCCAACAUCAAUCACAACAACAGAGACCCCACCAACAACCUCAACAGAGGCUCCAACAACAAUCUCAACAACAGAAGCUUCUUUUUCAAGUACAACAGAAGAUAUAACAACAAAUGCUCCAACAACAACCUCAACAGCAGAGGCUCCUACAACAACAGCAACAACAGAGGCUUCUACAUCUACCACAACAGCAGAGGCUCCAACAACAACCUCAACAACAAAGGCUCCAACAACAAUCACAACAACAAAGACACCAAAAACAACCUCAAUAUCAGAGGCUCCAGCAACAACCUCAACAAGAGAGUCUACUUCUACAACCACAACAGAAGCUCCAACAACAACCACAAUGGCUCCAACUAAAACCUCAACAACAGAGGCUUUUACAAUUACCACAAUAGCAGAGGCUCAAGCAACCUCAACAACAAAAGCUCCAACAACAACCACAACAUUAGAGGCUCCAACAACAACCACAACAACAGAGGUCCCAACAACAACCACCACAACAAAGGUCCCAACAACAACCACAACAUUAGAGUCUACAACCACAACAACAGAGGUCCCAACAACAACCACAACAGAGCCUCCAACAACAACCUCAACAACAGAAGCUCCAACAAUAACCACAACAUUAAUGGCUCCAACAACAACCACAACAACAGAGGUUCCUACUACAAUCACAACAAAGGCUCUUACAAGAACCUCAACAACAGAGGCUCCAACAACAACCACAACAACAGAUGUUCCUACAACAACCUCAGCAACAGACUUUCUAAAAACAACCACACUAGCAGAAGCUCCAACCACAACAGAGGCUUCAGGUUCAACCACAACAAAGGCUCCAACAAUGACCUUAAUAACAGAGGCUCCAACAACAACAGCAGCAACAGAGACAACAACCACAACUGAGGCUCCAACAACAACAACAAUUGCUUCAACAAUAACCUCAACAACAAAGGCUUCUAUAACUACCAUGACAAAGGCUCCAACAACAACCACAUCAAAAGAGGUACCUCCAACAACUUCAGCAACAGAGGUUCCAACAACAGCAACAAAGGCUACAAUCACAAUGGGGACUCCAACAACAACAGUGGCUUCAACAAUAACCUCAACAACAAAGGCUCCUAUAACUACCACAACAAAGGCUCCAACAACAACCACAUCAACAGAGGUUCCAACAACAUUAACACUAACAGAAGCACCAACCACAACAGAGACUUUAAGCACAACCACAACAAAGGCACCAACAAUGACCUCAGUAACAGAGGCUCCAACAACAACCUCAAAGUCAGAGGCUACUAUUACAACCACAACUGAGGCUCCAACAGCAAGAACAACAAUGGCUUCAACAACAACAUCAAUAACAAAGACUCCUACAACUACCACAACAACAAAACCUCCAACAAGAACCACUACAUUAGUGGCUCCACCAGCAACCACAACAACAGAAGCUCCAACAACAGCCUCAGCAACAGAGGCUCCAACCACAACAACAGAGGUUCCUGUAACAUACUCAACAACAGAGGUUCCAACAACAACCAAACUAAGAGAGGCUCCAACCACAACAGAGACUUCAACAACAACCCCAACAACAGAAGCUCCUACUUAUACAACAACAACAGAGACUCAAAUAACAACUACAGAGGUUCUAAUUACAACCACAACAGAGGCUUCAACAUCGAAGGCUCCAACAAAAACCAAAACAACAGAGGUUAUUUCCACAACAGAGACUGCAGCAACAACAGAGGUUCCAACAAUAACAGAGGUUUUAACAACAACAGAUGCUCUUACAACAACAGAAGCUCCAACAACAACCACAAUAAAAGAGGCUCAGACAACAACCAUAAAAACAGAGAUUCCACCAGCAAUCUCAACAACAGAUGCUAUAAGUACAUCCACAAUGAAAGAGGCUCCAACAACAACAGAAAUUCCAAUGACAACAACAACAACAAAGGCUCCAACAACAGUCACAACAACAGAGACUCCAGUAACAACAAAAGAGGUUCCUACAACCACAACAAUAGAGGCUACAACCACAACAGAGGCUACUAAAACGACCACAACAACAGAGGCUACUAAAACAACCACAAAAACAGAGGCUCCAACAACAACAGAGGCUACUAAAACUGCCACAACAACAGAGACUCCUGUAACAACAGAGGCUACUAAAACUACCACAACAGAGACUCCUACAACAACAGAGGCUUCUAUAACAACCACAACAACAGAGUCUUCUACAACAACAGAGGCUACUAAAACUACCACAACAACAGAGGCUCCAACAAGAUCCACAACAAAGAAUCCUACAACUACCACAAUAGCAGAGACUUCUACAACUACCACAACAACAGAGGCUUCAAAUGCUUAUUCAUCUGUUUAUACAACUACACUCACAAAUACUUCUCAAACACCUACAAGUACACUUGUACCAAUAACUUCUACCACUACUACUGCACAGACAACAACAACAGAACCAUUGAUAGCUGAAACGACAACACCAGGAACAACAUUGGCUACCUCUCUUCCCCCAGUGCAUUUUGGGAUUUAUUGGACAUACAAAUAUCCAGCAUACCCUACUGAUACUAGCUGUCAGCAGAAUUUGGAAAACCGUUAUGUUUCCGAAUUUGAUAACAGCAAAAAAGCAAUUGAGGAUGCAUUGGCAGCUAAUAGGAAAUCCUGUAAAGGGGUUACAUUGUCAGUAACUCGAGAGAGACCCUACAUCACUGAUCCACACCAGGAGUUCAUAUUUAUUUUGAAAAUUGGUUUCAUGGGGGACCAAGGUCAGGUGGAAACUUGUGCUAAGAGUGUCAAUGGCACCAUCAACACAAAAGUAGAGAAUGUAUUUAAUUCAAUGGAGACCAAUCAACCAUGCCCAUCUAUUUAUCCCUUUUCAAGUCGCACACUGUCCAAACAAAGUGCAUGGAUGUGUCUGAGUAAUAGCUACCGCUAUGAUGCUAACCAGCAUCUCUGUAUACUGAAUAUCCAGAGCUUAGCAGCAUCCUUCUUACGUCCAGCUUCCCGGGCCGACACUCAACCAGAGGUGGUGAUACAGACGGUACCACGACUAGAACCCACCAGUACUAUCAAGCCUAUGGUGUCCACCACCACUGUUCCAAGUUCUACCAGUAUUGUGACACCGAUGUCCACCCCAGCCUCACCUGCUGAACCAGACCAAACUCCAUUCUUUACCCUUGAGUAUAACUUCACCCUGCAGAGUGAAGGAUUAACACAGGAAUGUGAGGAGAGAUUGCGUGAAGAUAUAAAAUAUACAGUCCAACAAGCCAGCGAGGCCAUUAUACAGGUCUUCCCUCACCUACCUGACUGCGAUCACAUCACAGAUGCCACAUUACUUGACACCACGUCCAUGCUCUCACAUGACCCAACCACUAACCAGAUAAUACUGAGGGUGCCCUUUGUGCUGCAAUCAAGGAACUUCCCACUGGACAUGGAGUCCUGCAUUAACCAUAGCCUUAGACAGUUACUAGAUGACAACUUUCAGAAUAACAUAUCAAAUCUCGUGAAAGGAAUCCCUAGCAAUAUUUGUCACAAAAUAGAUUAUGUGAGUUCAGGUUAUACAAUGAACAUCGGAUGCCAAAGUCCUUUUCAAUUCCAUCACAUAGCCCGGCGUUGCUAUCGUACCCCUGUGCUUUAUAUGAUAACUAGAGAAUAUAAAAUGAAGGUGACCUUUUCAGUUGCUACAGCAAGCUUGCCUGAGUGUCGUUUGCAUUUCCAAACAUCAAUUCGGAAACAACUGGAGAGGCAAGAAGUCUCAAUUAUAAAGGAACGCCUGUAUGACAUGUGUCUGGACCAUGAUGUGGUUGUAACAAUUAACAAAAAUAUUGGUGAACUAGGAUAUCAUUUAAGUGACAGUGUCAAUAGUGAAGUAUAUGGUAAUGUUAGUGUACUUUUGAUGGCUACUUCAGAGCAAGCAAAUUAUGCGGGUUGUGCUUCAACAGUAUUGCACAAACACCUUUGGGGUAAAGACUUCAUUCCAGGAGCCCUUGUUGUGCCAACAGAAAACUCUAGAAAAUGUGGUAACCUGACGUGGGAGAAAAAUGAUCCUCUGGAUAUGAAAGAUCAUUGUCUGGGUUCUUACCUCUACUAUAAACAACUCCGACGAUGUAUUGAUGACAGAUCAGCAGUUCUAAGAGCUAACUUCUCCACCAAUAUAAGCUGGGUAGGUGUUCCCAGCCAGAAUUGUAUGAUUAGCCUUAGACAACAGCUGAGGGGGUACAUGAUUGAUGUAAUAAAGAGUGAAGCCAACUCUAGUCAGUGCAGGCAGAUGUCUAAAGGAAUUGAAGCUAACAUUGCUGGGAAUCAGGUUGAACUGACUUUGAGCAUUUUACCAUAUGAGUGGGACAUAAAUCGUACUUUGAUGUGCCUAAGACUGUUGUAUAAAGAGAACUUCAGUUCUGUGUAUCAGAGAUUCCAACAAGAUAUGGGCUCAGCUUGUCCAGUCAGUCAAUCAAGGAGAUUCAACACUCCAGACUUCAGCUUUCUUUGCAUGGCACCAAACUAUACUUGGAAUGAAAAUGCUUAUGUCUGUGUUAAAGGAAGUGCCAGGGGAAGAAGAAGUGUUUACCAGAGAUCUUUGGUAAAGAGAACAUCUACACAGCUUAGGGGAGGUAACUUGGACCAAGAUGGUAGGAAUAAUCGACAGAAACGUAGUGUAGCACAAAAUGCUGCCAGUGAAGUGAUUGCUUCCUGGCUACCUGCAGCACCAGAAUGUCAAGAUCAACAAUCUCCAGUGUUUGGACCUUGUCCUUCCAUUCUCAAAGUUCCUAUGGGAAGAACAGAUUCCAAACCAAUCAAUGUCUCCCUGCCCAGUGUCACUGAUAACUCUGGAGUCCCUCCUGUCAUGGAGUACUACCCAGCAGACAUACUGAAACAACCCUAUCUGUUUGAAGGACAGCAAAAUGUCACAGUUACAGCCACUGACCAGAGUAAUAACACAGCCAGCUGUACAAUCCCACUACUCUACGAGGACACCACUCCCCCUGAUGUGACAUGUCCUGAUACAGUAGUGGUGGAGAAGUACAAUACAAUCUACAAUCAGACCAACAUCACGCUCUCUAACCUGGUCACCGCCUGGGACCGCAGUGGUAUCCUAAACAAUCAGAUCAGUUACAGUGUUAAUUUAGAACGUUUUAGUGAUGCUGCUAUGCCCGGUGUAAUACCUGUGAGACAUUUCGUCAACAUUACUGCGAAAGCUAAUGACACUUAUGGCAAUGAAGGGUCAUGUGACUUUCUUUAUGAAGCGAAGAGGGCUGAUAUGAAUGCACAUGGAAAUGUAGUGUUGAAUUUUUCCGUGGACAUUACUGAUCCUAGGAAAGCCUGUACAGAUAAUAUUUCCCGCUUAAUCAGCUUAGAUGUGCUUAGUUUUGCCAACAACAGCUGUAUAGAGAAUGCAGAGAUAUAUCUUGGAUACCUUCUCUAUGGCCAAGUCGUAUCAUUGCUUGAGCAAUCAAUUUUAUAUACUGUUAAAGUAUAUGAGAAACAGUCGAAGAAAGGCAGAGAGUUCAAACAGGAUUCUCUGGUGCUUACUCUGGUCGUGACCCAGCUGAAAGUUCACAGACAGAAGUUCUUUGAGUGCAUGGAUAACUUCACACAACAAAUAGUGAACAAAUACCAGAAUGGAUCUUCAGUGAAUGACCCGGUCUGUGGGAAUGUGAAUAUCUCACUUAAUGCCACCAAAACUGCAAUUACAUGUGCUGCAGAUAGUGUGUUAAAUGAGACCAGUUUGAAAUGUGUUCAAUGUGACCUUGGUUACUAUGCCAACCAGACCAGCCAUACGUGUGAGAGGUGCCCCAGUAUAGAUGGAAUACCGAUAGCAUGGGAUUGUCAGCUGUGUGACAGUGAUCACCAAGUCUCCUGUCUCAAACCUUGUCAGCCGGGUGAAUACUCAGAGAAUGGACUACAGCCCUGUAUUAAGUGUCCACAGGGAAAGUACACUGACCAGCAGGGAGCUAAAUCUUGUAUUCCUUGUAGUAAUGGGUCAUCCACUGAAAAAUCAGGGGCAACAACCUCAAAUCAGUGUAAAACUGUAUGUCGGCCAGGACAGUAUAGUGACACUGGAUUAGAACCGUGUAUUAACUGUUCAUGGAACCACUACUCCAGCUCAGAAAUGUCCAGCCAGUGUAUAGCAUGUCCUGGUAACACUGCUACUGAUGGCACAGGGAAAUCCAGUCCAACAGAUUGCAAAGUCAUAGACUUCUGUAGCAAGGGUCCUUGUCUAAAUGGUGGGACAUGUAGGUCGAACCUUAUAGACCAUUGGUACAGCUGUACUUGUGCUCCAGGACACUAUGGUUAUAACUGUGAACACAACUACAGCGUCUGUGACAGUGAACCUUGUAUGAAUGGAGGAACUUGUAGUGUGUUGUACAACAGACCUAUCUGCCACUGUCCUGCAGGUUACACUGGAGAUUUCUGUGAAGUCCCUCAGUCUCCCUGUUCUUGUGUACAUGGAACUUGUAAAACCAAUACAAGUGGAUAUUACUGCCAAUGUUUUGAAGGAUUUGCAGGCCAAAGCUGUUCCCAGGACAUUGAUGAGUGCUCACCCAAUCCAUGUCUCCAUGGCGGCAGAUGCAUAAAUCUGAUUGGUCAAUAUCAGUGUGAUUGUUCUGAGACUGGAUACAGAGGAAUUAACUGCACAGAACCUGAAAAUGAAGCAACCAAAAUCUGCUUCAAUGGAGGAGUAAAGCACUCAGCAUUUAGCAGCUGUUCCUGUAAGCCAGGGUACACAGGGAAUCAGUGUGAAGUGUUGAUAGACGAGUGUACAUUGAAUUUCUGUGGAGAUAAUGGAUACUGUAUUGAUGACAUCAACAGCUUCACCUGUAUAUGCAAGCCUGGUUUCACUGGAAAGUACUGUAACAUAAAUAUCAAUGAGUGUUUAGCCAACCCCUGUCUGAACUCAGCUAGAUGUGAGCCUGGAGAGAAUGAUUUCAAAUGUAUCUGUCCUCCAGGCUUUCAAGGGAAGCGAUGCGAGAUCAAUCGAGAUGAGUGCUCUCCCUUUCCCUGUAACCUGACCUCAGCUAUUGACUGUAUUGAUGGAGACAAUGACUACACCUGUGUUUGUAGGAAUGGUUGGACAGGGAAGUGGUGUGAGACUCGUACCCAUAGUUGUCCUUUCCAGUGCCAGAAUGAUGGAUCGUGUAAUAUCAGUUUGGGAAGAUGUGACUGUUUGGCUGGAUACACAGGGCCUUACUGUGAGGUGCAACUUGAUGAGUGUGCAUCCCAACCUUGUUUAAAUGGAGGAAAAUGUACGGACCUUGUCGAUGGAUUUAAUUGCAGCUGUCCUCAAGGAUUUAAAAAUGAAACCUGUAAUGUCAAUAUUGAUGACUGCAGCCCAAAUCCGUGUAGAAAUGGGGGUACCUGUUUUGAUCUGGUUAAUAGGUUUACCUGCAGCUGCCCCUCUGAGUGGACAGGGCUCACAUGUGAAAACAAAAUAAGUCCCUGUCUGUCUCUGCCCUGUCAGAAUAGUGGAGAAUGUGUUGAUUCUUCUCAAAGUGGAAAAUACUUUUGUGCUUGUCCAGAUGGCUUUUUUGGAGACAACUGCUCAGAAAAGACUGUUACUUGUGAAUCUUCACCUUGUAAAAAUGGAGGUUCAUGUGUUAAUGAUGAGACUGGCUUUAUGUGUAACUGUACAGCAGGAUAUGAAGGGAAGAAGUGUGAAGUUAAAGUGGAUCCCUGCCUCAGCCAUAAUGUGUGUAAAAAUGGGGCAACUUGUCAGAAUGGUACCUGUCUAUGUUCUCCAUUUUUCACUGGAUUUGACUGUGGAAAAGAGAAAUCCUCAAAUUUUGAUUUGUUCUUCCGUGGCUUGAAUGGAUCAUCAAGUCAAACUUGGAUCACUGUGGAAGAAGAAAUGUCCAUGUGUCUUUGGGUUCGAUCCUUUAACACUGGCCAAAAUAAGACCAUUCUAACCUUAGCAAUAAAUAACACCAACAGGAUUGUGGAGAUUCGUGAAAAUAGUUUUUCGGUUACAUAUACUGCCAAGCAGUGGUUCAGUCCCUGGAACCUUAACAAUGGCCUCUGGAACCAUGUCUGCUUUGUUUGGACAAAGAAAAAUUUGGGUUCUUGGUCUAUGUACCUAAAUGGAACAAGACUGGUGGGAGAUAAUCAGAUGAACUUACCCAAUAGAGUAAUGAUUUUAUUGGGACAGUCAUUACAACCAGUGCCAGGUCAGGUGCAGUUUCAUGGUGAAAUGAGCCAGCUUCAUGUAUUCCCAAACCAGUUAGAGCCAAACUACAUAUCCACAUUAUCCAAGUCAUGCUACUCCUUGUCAGAAAGCAGCGGUCCGUGGAUGGAGUUACAAGCUAACAUCAAAGGUGAUCUGAAAGUGAUUGAACCCUCAACCUGUGGUGACAAGCGGUGUCCUGCUGGGUUCAAGGGACAUAACUGCAGCAUUCAGAUCGAUAAAAGUCCCCCACUAGUGAUAAACUGUCCAAGUGAUUUCAGAGUGGUCAGUUCUCAACGCUUGAGUCUGGUCAACUGGACAGAGCCUGACUUUUAUGAUGAUAUGGGUGUUGUGAAUAUCAUCCAAACACACAGAUCAGGGGAAGUCCUGGCCUAUGGGGAGUAUGUUGUCAUGUAUGUGGCAUUUGAUGCAGCCAACAAUACAGCAAACUGUACCUUUCGUGUUGCAGUCUCUCCAUUUGACUGUGAAGUCCCAGCAGUCCCAGAGAGUGUAAACCACAGCUGUAGGACUGUAGGGAGUAAAAGGUACUGCUGGCUAAGUUGUGACAGUCCAGACACCCAUGCAUUCAGUGAACCAGUCCCAGAGUUCUACAGGUGUGGACUGACAGGACAAUGGGACCCUGCCAGGGGAGAGAACUUCACCUUUCCUGCUUGUGCAGCUUUUUCUCCCCCUGCUGCUGGAGUGACAGGAACCAUUAGUUUUGCUGGGCCCACAUGUACAGAAGACCUAACACAGAAACUGAAGCUGAUCUUUAACCAAACAAUGGCCAAGUGGAACCAAGAGUUUGGACUGUGUCCAGACAAUGUCUGUAACAUGUAUGUCAAAAUUCACUGCUCUGGGGACAUCAGUCAUAGAAGAAAACGCAGACAGGCAGUGGAUACCUCAUAUCUUGUUAGAUUCAACUUUCCUGUUAACAAGACAUCCUUGGAAACAACAAAUUCACAACCACUUGACAGCAUCAAGACUUAUGUGAAGAAAGGAGCCUUCAACAGUGAAGAUUUUGUUGCCAAAAAUGACUCUGUGAUUGUAACUGCUCAGUGUAACUGUUUAGAGGGCCAGGAGCUCAAACACACAGAGAUGACAGAGUAUUGUGUGAACUGUGCCAUAGGUAGCUUCCAUAAUCAGUCUGUGAGUCCAGGAACAUGUGACUUGUGUCCUCUUGGCUCUUAUAAUGAUCAGGAACGACAAACUCAAUGUAUUCCAUGUCCAGAGGGACAGACAACUCAAGAUCCAGGGGCCACACAACCCUCUCAAUGCUACACUAUCUGUCCAGCUGGUCAAUAUGCAGAGGAUAUAACUAAUGUGUGUAAGAAAUGUCCACGUGGUUACUACCAGACCACGUCAGGAAGAAGGAUGUGUCAGUCAUGUCCUAAUGGUCAGAUGACUCUAGAUGAGGGCUCCACUUCAUUGGAAAACUGUACAGCUGGUUGUCUGGCCGGUGAGGAGUUAUCAGUGAGAGGUGUCUGUGUGUUGUGUAGACGGGGCUUCUAUAAGGAAGGGUCCACUCAGGCAUCCUGUCAGUCCUGUCCCUAUGGAACUACUACAUCAAAUCUAGGAAGCAAGUCUGUAGACCAGUGUAAUAUUAUUGUGUGCCCUGCUGGAUCCUAUACCUCUAACAACAAUUGUGUUCCCUGUCCCCUGGGUCAGUACCAGCCUGCCCGGGGUCAGGUCCAAUGUCUGAAGUGUGCUCAAGGGCAGACUACUCUCCUGAAGGGAAGUCGCAGUCCCUCUGACUGCGUGAAGGGAAACGUCAAUGAAUGUGAUACUGAUGUGGCAGAGUGUGCAGCCUAUGAGGAUUGUGUUGACACACCAGACUACUAUCAAUGUGUCUGUAAGCAGGGAUAUGAAAGUGUCAAUGGAACUUGUUUAGCAAUCCAAACACCUCUUAAAAAAGCUGACAGUACAUUAAUCAUAGUCGGGGCCACAGUUGGGGUAGGAGUUGUCAUUCUUGUUGUGAUGGGAAUCUAUCUGGGCCUUCGCUGCAGGGGAAAUAAGGAUUCAAUAGAACACAAGGCGAGAGUACAUCGUGAUUUACCUGUGGUCUAUCUACCUGGAGGGCCAGCUACUGCUUACCAGAACCGCAUAUACAACUCCAGUCGUUCCAGCAGUGUGAUGUCACUUCCUGGCUCAGACAUCGAGCUGAGACCGGUAAUGUCUCCUAUUCGCUGGCAUCCAAGUUUUUUUCCAGAGUCGGAUGAUGAUAUACUGCCGUCUUUCUAUGAAUCGCCCAACAUCUCAGACAUCUCGGAAAAUGGUUCCUCAGAAGGAGGGCGGAGCUCAGGCAGUGGCUUUGAUGUGGACUCAGACUCUUAUUUCUGAUUGGGUGGAACAUGAUAUACUGCCGUCUUUCUAUGAAUAGCCCAACAUCUCAGAAAAUGGUUCCUCAGAAGGAGGGCGGAGCUCAGGCAGUGGCUUUGAUGUAGACUCAGACUCUUAUUUCUGAUUGGGUGGAACAUGAUAUACUGCCGUCUUUCUAUGAAUCGCCCAACAUCUCAGAAAAUGGUUCCUCAGAAGGAGGGUGGAGCUCAGGCAGUGGCUUUGAUGUGGACUCAGACUCUUACUUCUGAUUGGGUGGAAUACCACCAUUCCACUCCACAGAGAACUCGGAUGGAAAUUCAGUCCCAGCGUAGUUGUGCACAAGCCCCUAGGAUAUAAAUGUUAUACAGCGUUUAUAAUCAAGGGGGCAAAUUAUACCUCAAUUAUGUGUCUAGAAAAUUCCAGAAAAAGGUCAUGAUACAAACUUAAAUAUUUGUAAAACUUAAAAAAAAAAAUGAAUACCAUCAAAGAUGAAGCAUUAUUUUACUUCAUAUUACCUAAGUUGUUGAAAUAUUUUUUUUUGGAAAAGCAUUUAUCAGAAGAGCUGUUGAAUAACAUAAAUUUCUCCACUACUGACAGACAGGAAGGUUGGGGAAAUUGUGCCAUAAAGUCUCAUACAUACCUGUGAAUCUGUGAACUAGUCAGUGAACAUUGGAACUAGUCAUAUGUAGAUGCUGUGAAAGGGAGUCAAAUGAAUAUAAAACAGAGAAAAAACAGUAUGAAUGUCCCAUUUAUUGAAUUCAUCAAUAUUUAUGUUUAUAUACUUUAUCAUCAAGUCAUACAUUUUGUUUAUUCUCCACAUUUCACAUUCAUAUACAUUCCUAUCAUAGGAAUGUAAAUGUUCAAGUUCAGACUUGAUGAACUUUUGGUUGAUAUUGGAGUGAGGGUAAUCUCGUGUGAACAAGAAAUAGCUUUCAUUCAGUGGCAUUUUGUGUUCAGAAGAAAUUGUGGUGGCAGAAGGAGAAGCAGAAAAAAAGGAUUGACAUUGAGACAAUUUAACAUGAUGCAUUGUUUGCAUAACUGUAGGGAAAAAACUUUUGUGUCCAGAAUGGAUCAAAGACCUUUUAAUCAAAGCUAGUGAAAUAUUUCAUUACUGCACUUGAUUGCAUAUAAAUGGUGCAAUAAUAUUCAAGAAUUUUUUACAAAACAUUCAGUGAUUGCACAGUAAAUAUGUUUUGUAUGUGUGAUAUUAAUGUCCCUAUUGGUUAACUUAUUUAGUUGUGUAGUCUCUGAUGUAUAUUUUAUACUUUGUAUAUACAUGUACUAAUAACACAAGUUAGAGAUGGGAAAAAAUCUUAUCCGUUUUCAAAAUGGCAGGUCCAAAUGUGUGUAUAUGUCUAAUAAGUGCUCAAAGUGUUUGUGUAAAUAUUUAUGUAUUAUUAUAAAUUUACUUGUUAUUGUAUGGAAGAACAAAUACAGCUUAUAGAGAGCUAACUAUCCUUGGAAAAAAAAACCCUUCCCGGUACUAUAUAGAUUGUUUACCUUUUUGUCCAGUUUUUAUCAUUCUGAAUUUGUUAAAACUAGAUUUUUCUUAUUCCUUAAAUAACAUUAGGUUUUAAUUAGUUGGUUUAAACUGUUAAUUCUCAUAGAAACAAAUGUCCUCAUUUUACAUAUGAACUUCUGAAUGUGGAAUGUUUCUUACUUAAAUCUGAUUUUACUGAAUCCUCUGUUAAUUUUUAGAAUUUUUAGAGAGUAUAAUUUGAGGUCAAGGUGAAUAUACUUGUACAUGUAUCGUGAGUGCCUUAUUAUUUAUAUGGACUUGUUCUUCAUAUCUGUAUUUGAUUUUAUGAUUAUCAGUUGAAUUUUUUUCUUUAGAUAUUAGUUGUCCACUUUGCAGGUGCUACUAAUUGAUUUUAAUUCAUUUCAUGUCACUUUGUUUAUAUAGCACUAAACACACCACAUGUAAUGUCAAAUAACAUUCCAGUUCUGUUAAUAAUCAUUGUCUACAAUACCAUGUAUCAAUACAACAUAGCAAUGCAUAUUGUGCUGAAGUUCAAGCCAUACCUGUAUUAGUGUGUGAUAAUACUUGUAUCUUAUAGUAGAUCAAUUGAAAUGGUGCAAAUUUUUAAAAUAAUAUGAAUUUAAAAUGUUUAUCAUGAAUAUUGUUACAGCCAUAUAGUGCACUAGUUGUAUACACAUAGUACUGUGGAUGUGCCAAAGUUCAACAUAUUUUGCCCAUUGGUUUACAUAACAUUCAUUAAAAGUUUUAUGUUGAAGCCAGCAGUCUAGUCCUACUGUUUCUUACUUUAAAUUCACUUGCUCGAAAACCUUGUGAUUAUCCUUCAGAUUAUUUUAAUUAAUACGUAAACUGAACAGUAUCAAUUGCAUUGAAAAUUCUAUUUGAUAACAAGACAGAAGAAAAAAGUAGCUAUAUAGUUAGCAAUAUUUUGAAUGAUAAUAUAUUCUUAAUUGUUUUGCAUCUUAAUUUUAGAAUUUUAAGUAAUAAUUUUAAUUAUUCAAUUGAUUUUAAAACUUUUUGAUUAAACUUGUCAUAAUUUUAGCGCGUUUUCAGAUAUAGAGCACUGGUGUUCGUUACAUUAUUACAAUCAGAUGCCUCAUCGCACACAAUCAAAAUAUCAGGGUGUCAUCACCCACUACUGCAUCAACUCCUUGUAUUAUGUAGAACAAAUUGUGAUAUGUUUUACUUUGUGCCAUAAUGAUGAAAAUAAAUUUAAAUACUAAAA